GUUGUGUUCUCUCAUUCAAAUUCUUUCACUAAUCCUAACGACGCUGCUGUUUACCAAUAAAAUCCGAAAAGAAGUAUUAUUUUGUCCUUGAUAAUGAUUUAUUUCAGAUACAUGAUUGAAACUUUGUUAGAGUGAAGUGAUUCUUUUUAAUAAUAGUGUGUUAAAUGAGGCAUAAAACAUCAAUAACAAUGCUGGAUAAUUUCGGAGAACAGAUUGAGGAAUACGAAGUACAAGAUCUUCUAGGCAAAGGAGGAUUUGCUUGUGUAUAUCGAGCCAAAUGUCGCCGAACAGGAAUUUAUGUAGCGAUCAAAAUGAUUGAUAAAAAAUUAAUGCAAUCAGCAGGAAUGGCUAAUAGGGUUCGCCAGGAAGUGAGCAUUCACUCUCGACUGAAGCAUCCUUCCAUACUAGAAUUGUACACAUUUUUUGAAGAUGCCAAUUAUGUUUAUCUGGUUCUUGAAUUAGCUGAAAAUGGAGAACUGCAAAGAUAUCUACGGGAAACAAAGAAAACGUUUAGCGAACAUGAGGCGGCAUCGGUGCUCAAACAAGUUGUUGAUGGACUAUUGUAUUUACAUUCUAAUCAAAUUCUUCAUCGGGACAUGUCAUUAGCCAAUUUGUUGCUGACACGACACAUGGGUGUAAAAAUAUCGGAUUUCGGUUUAGCAACGCAGUUGUCGCGACCAGAUGAAAAACAUAUGACUCUCUGCGGUACACCAAACUACAUUUCGCCAGAAGUGGCAUCCCGUGCUUCCCACGGACUACCGGCUGACGUAUGGGGCCUAGGAUGUAUGCUCUACACUUUUCUCGUGGGAAGGCCUCCAUUUGACACGGAAGGAGUAAAAUCUACCUUGACCAAAGUUGUAAUGUCUAAUUACACUUUACCUUCGUACAUAUCCCAAGAAGCCCGUGAUUUGAUUGAUCAAUUAUUGAAAAAGAAUCCCGCCGAAAGAAUGAAACUAGAAGAGGUUUUAAAACAUCCAUUUAUGCGCAAUGCUUUCUCCGAGGAUAAGAAUAACUUUGGGCGUACAAUGUCAUCAACUGACAGUGGUAUUGUGACAAUUUCGAGCAGUGGAAAUCGAUCGAACAAUCCUUCUCACUUCUCUCAGGAGCGAUAUCAGCAGGGUCAUCAAAAACCUUUGCGGUUUCAACCAAUAAUUGAACAGGAGCAAAAUUUCCAAGAGAGUAUUUUACCUCCAAAAUCGAAUUCCUCCUUUCCCAAACAAACAUCGGAUUUUUUUUCUGGUAUCAGUGUCGACCCACGAACAACUGUUUCUCAAAAUGUUCCGCAACAGAAUCAAAUAUCACUGCUACAGCAAUUCAACAGUUUAGAGCUAAUGGAGAAGUACAACAUUAACAAGGCUGAACUAGAUAAUGUAUAUCGACCAAAUUCGGCCGGAUGUGCACAUGCAUUGCAUGGCCAAAUUGAACCCCAAACUAUCCAACAACAGCAUUUUUACAAUAAAAUUUCGCUUUUGGACUCGAAGCCGAAAUCGGCUUCUAUAUCGAUGCUGUAUCAUAUUUCAAAUGAAAAUCAAAAUCAACAAACGAGCAGCUAUAGCCCACUGGAUGUCAAGGAGAACUAUGAACUAACAAAAGGACCCACGAGAAGUUGUCGCAAUUCACUGGAUCCGGCAAAAUAUGACUUUCUUGAUCGUUUUGAAUCAAGAGACAAACAUAAAGGAUUUCAGGAUACAUCAAAGCAACGAAGUCCACCCCGACAAUCCAAGAGGAAAAUUGAUAUUCCACCCCUCAACACCGCUCGGCUUCUUCCCAAUCGCCAUAAAACGAAAAACGCAAUACUUAGCAUUCAACCAAACGGCGAGGUGGUACUGGAAUUUAUCAAAUACAAAACACGCUAUAAGCAAGACCGUGUUGUGGACGUAUGUCGAAUAUCGUCGGAUGGCCUCCGUUUCAUCCUCUACCAUCCAGAGGGAGGAAAAGGUUCGGUGGUGAAAGAUGAACCACCAGAUUUGCCCUCCAGUGGAGCCGAUAGUAUCUUCAGUUAUGAGAGUAUACCAGAAAAGCACUGGAAGAAGUACAUGUACGCAUCACGAUUCGUCCAAAUGGUCAAGGCGAAGACACCAAAAAUUACGUACUACAGCGAAAUGGCAAAGUGUCAGCUUAUGGAAUCUCUUGAAGAUUACGAAGUUAGCUUCUACAGCGGGACAAAAUUUGUCAAGUCUAAGCAAGAAGGAGUUAGAAUUGUAGAUUACAAAGGUCACACCGUGAACGCGUUUGAUAACCUGACUUCAGCAUUGAACUUGGAAUAUGAACAUUUUAAACAAACUCUUGAGCAUUGUCUAAACAUCGAUCAAGCUCUAUCAGUCGUACAAACGGGGAACACUUUUCCACUGAUCAUCGGAAGAAGACCGGUGUCGUACACGUCGAAGGAAAACGGUUUCCUGUCUAACAUAUCAACUCCUAGAUCGCCUAUGACACCACAUCAUCUAUCUUCGUUUGCUAUGUCAGUGAAUUCCCAUGCAUCCGCAGUACCUCACAAUCGAAGGCAGGUUCUGUCACCCAAAGCUGUUGGGAAUUUUUCCAACGUAGCGACAAAAAAAUGUACUGUCCCUGGUAUUGGAACAGCAGUUCAACUUUCACAAGGUGUGAUUCAAGUCCAAUUCUUGGAUGGAGCCACCCUUUCGUUGAUCCCAAUUGAACAGGGAGGGGGCAUAACAUUUUCGCCAAGCUCCGGCAGUCCCUUGCAACACUACUCUACCGAGGAAGAGGCGUUGUUGCCUACGGCUUUGAGAGAGAAGAUCGAUCAGAUGCCCCAGGUGCUGCGACAGUUGAACGCUGCCCCGGUUCCGUCUAUUCCGUUUAAUGUUCUCAAUGGAACACCGCGGACGCCAGUAACACGAUUUUUGCGGUGAAAUAAGUAAAACAAACAUCAGCGAUCAAGCUCUCUAUUUCGUUGUGAAGAUGUUUUAAGCAGUGUACUAUUCAAUGAAGUACAAAAUUGACCAUAUUCCCAGUUGAACUGUAAACUUGUAAUUUAUUAUAUAUUUUUAUUAAUAAAAUUGAAUAUAUGAAGGUACAG